UAUUCUGAAUCAGAUGAAGUGAUGAUGUCUAGUAUGUAGGGUUUGGCACAUGUGCUCUUGGCGUUGUUAUAACCUGUUUGGAAAUUUAUUGAGGGAAAAACCCGAAAUUAACAUUAGUGUUGGGAAACCUACUCGACCCAAUUUCUUUGCCAUAUCAGACAUCUUGUGACAAUGAAGAAUUAAACCCACCACCAACUCUUCAUCAUAAUCAUUGAAACUCAGCUUAGUUUAAAUCAUUGCCUUACUUUGACUGGAAUCCUGCACCCUCCAAGUGAACAGGCUUCGAGCCAUCGCACUCCACCCCUUCAACCACCAGAAAGACAUUACACCCACCCCUGCCGUGGUUUAUUAAUCAAAUGCCCAAAAACAGCAAGGCCGUCAAGAGAGAGCUUGACGAUGAUGUCACAGAGUCAGUCAAAGACUUGCUUUCCAACGAGGACACUUGUGACGACUCCUUCAAGAAGAGCUCACUGAUCGUCAAUGAUGUUUCCGUGGACAAGGAGAAGGUCAAAGAUGUUGAGGAGGCCUCCGAUGAUGCUGAGGAGGAAAGGCCUGCUUGGAAUAGCAAGCUCCAGUAUAUCCUGGCCCAGGUGGGCUUCUCCGUUGGCCUGGGGAAUGUGUGGAGGUUCCCCUACCUGUGUCAAAAGAAUGGUGGAGGGGCCUACUUGGUGCCGUACCUCAUCCUGCUGAUACUGAUCGGGAUACCGCUGUUCUUCCUGGAGCUGGCUGUGGGCCAGCGCAUCCGCCGUGGCAGCAUCGGAGUCUGGAACUACAUCAGCCCCCGCAUGGGCGGCAUCGGCUUUGCAAGCUGUGUGGUGUGCUUUUUCGUGGCCCUCUACUACAACGUCAUCAUCAGCUGGAGUCUGUUCUACUUCUCACAGUCCUUCCAGCAGCCACUGCCCUGGAACGAGUGCCCACUGGUCAAGACCAGCAACUCCACCUUUGUGGUGCCAGAGUGUGAGAAGAGUUCAGCCACCACCUACUACUGGUACCGCGAGGCCCUGGACAUCUCCAGCUCCAUAUCGGAGAGCGGCGGCCUGAACUGGAGGAUGACCUUGUGUCUGCUGGCGGCCUGGACCAUGGUGUGCCUGGCCAUGAUCAAGGGCAUUCAGUCCUCUGGGAAGGUCAUGUACUUCAGCUCCCUGUUCCCUUACGUGGUCCUGAUCUGUUUCCUGGUGAGAGCCCUCCUCCUAGAAGGUUCCGUGGAUGGCAUCCGUCACAUGUUCACACCCAAGCUGGAGAUCAUGCUGGAGCCCAAGGUGUGGCGCGAGGCGGCCACGCAGGUCUUCUUCGCUCUGGGCCUGGGCUUCGGUGGGGUCAUCGCCUUCUCCAGCUACAACAAGCGCGACAACAACUGCCACCUGGACGCCGUGCUGGUGUCCUUCAUCAACUUUUUCACCUCCGUGCUGGCCACGCUGGUGGUGUUCGCCGUGCUCGGCUUCAAGGCCAACGUCAUGAGCGCCAAGUGUGUCGCCGAAAACACCAAGAAGAUUGAGGGUUUCCUGGGCAACGGGAUCAGUCGUGACCUGAUCCCUCAUCACAUCAACUUCAGCAGGACUCUGAGUCACCAGGACUACAAGCAGAUGACCGAGGUCCUUCAGGGCGUGAUGGAGAACGAUUACUCAAGCCUGGGCCUAGACUCCUGCAGCAUCGAGGACGAGCUCAACAAGGCGGUGCAGGGAACAGGGCUGGCCUUCAUCGCCUUUACGGAGGCCAUGACUCAUUUCCCAGCGUCGCCCUUCUGGUCGGUCAUGUUCUUCCUCAUGCUGGUCAACCUGGGCCUGGGCAGCAUGUUCGGCACCAUUGAGGGCAUAAUCACGCCCCUCGUGGACACCUUCAAAGUGCGCAAGGAGUUCCUCACAGUGGGCUGCUGUCUGCUGGCAUUCAGCAUUGGCCUGCUCUUCGUCCAGCGCUCAGGGAACUACUUUGUGGCCAUGUUUGAUGACUACUCUGCCACGCUGCCCCUCCUCAUCGUUGUCAUCCUAGAGAACAUUGCUGUGGCCUGGGUCUAUGGCACAGACAAGUUCUUUGAGGACCUGAGGGAUAUGCUGGGCUUCACCCCUGUUCGCUACUACUACUACAUGUGGAAGUAUGUGACCCCCGUGCUGCUGCUCACACUGUUGGGCGCCAGCAUCAUCCAGCUGGGCAUGACGCCGCCCAGCUACAGCGCCUGGAUCCAGGACCAGGCCAAGGAGGUGUCCCUGAGCUACCCCCCAUGGGGCCUGGCCGUGUGCGUCUCCCUGGUGGUGAUGGCCGUGCUGCCCGUGCCGCUCGUCUUCCUGCUGCGCUACUUCAACAUCAUGGACGACAGUGCCAGCGGCCUGUCCGCCGUCUCCUACCGCAAGGGCCGCAUCAUUAAGGAGAGUGUCCGUCACGACGAGGACGAUGACACCAGCCUCAUCAACGGCAAGACCCCCAGCCAAGCGCCCUCGCCCAUGCCUGCCAACAGCAUCUACCGCAAGCAGAGCGGCUGCCCGCUGCCGGACGUCAACACGGCCCCCAAUGGACGCUAUGGUAUCGGCUACCUCAUGGCCGACAUGCCCGACAUGCCUGAGUCUGACCUGUAGAGGGUGCCAUUGUGUCACCUGAGCCUGUGUAUCACACCCCAUUGUCUUUCCUUCAUAACAUCAUAACAUUUUCCUGCAAAGUUACACAAAUCUUGAUGACACUUCAACUCAAAAAAGAGCAUUAGCUCACUUAAUAACAACCUUUUACUCAUGUUUACAACCCAAAGACACAACUCUGUCCACACAUACCCCCCACCACACACACACACACCUCCACCACAUACACACACACACACACUGUCCUGGCCUAACAGCAACCCUUAUCCCACAAUUCUUACACAUGUCACAGUCACACACAAAAAAAACAUGCUAACCCUUCCCCAUUCUUAGCAGUUAAAUUUGGAAACUCCCUCAGCAAUCCAGUCCCAACCACCUACAUUUCACAUCAGCAAAGGUUCUUUAAAUCACAUGCAUCGGCUUCUUUCAUCCCCUUUUUGCACUGCACCUUGGGCUGUGCAUUUCAUUGUCUUGGGAACAAAAGACAACAAUACUGUGUAUUUCAACUUGUAUAUAUGAUACUGUUUGUGCGUAUGGCUGUAGAUAGGUUAGCGCCCCACUGUUUGGUAUGAUGGUAGGGGUGUGCCAUAGAAUGGCAGGAAGUAUACUGAUCAUGUCAGGGGUCAGUGCAGUAACUGCCCACCAACUCAUGAUUGUUAGAAGCAGCGUAGCCGCUUUUUCUCCAGUGAGCGUAGAAUGUGCUGAUCUAUGUUUAAGGCACAAUUAGCGACUUUUUUCGCAUGAGAAUGAGACUUAACACUGGGCUCAACAAACAGAAAGGGACAAGGAAAUGAAAAUGUAACUUAGUUUGUUGCUGAGCGAGUCAAAUUCUAGUGAAGUUGAAGAUUACCAACAUGUCAAGCAAGUGGGUGGCCAAGUCUGCAUUGCUCCGUUACUGGAGCCUCUUUGAGUAUUGGUGCUGCCACUCCAGUAUUUGUUUGCUACGUAUGCACAUGUUUUUUUUGCAAUUAGUCUGUAAUGAGAUUCACUCCAAGUCACUUUGAAAUUGAUUGAAUCAGCUUGUAGACUCUGAAGGAAAUCGGAGUUUGCAAACAUUUCACUUGGCAGUGUAAGGCAGAGCUAGAAACAGUGACUCCUUUUGUUAUGCAUCUUGUGAUGAGGAUCCAAACUGACCUUUCUGCUUCAGGCUCUUCAACAGCAGCUGUAGCUUUAGAUACCUUCAUCUUCACCUAAACCCCUCUCCAAAGCUCAUAUGGCUGACAAAACUGUUCUUAAAAUGAGUUUCUAUGCUAUUAUCCCAACAGUAACAGAGUUGGGAUGUAGCUUGGCAGCAUCAGAUUCGCAGUGCCUGGCAUCUAGACACACUUCCAAAUGAAAGUGGUGGUUUGUUUUAUUCGAUAGAUCUCAGUCUCUCAUGAAUUAAGUUACCCAUUGUGCUUUUAAACAUGCAAUGCUGACUUGUUUCUCUACUGGGUUCACUACGUAGCACUGCAGCGAACGGAUGGCAUAAGAAACAACUCCAAAUGAUUGUUCUAAGCAAAAUGUGUGCCUAAUUUCUGAUAUUUCUUUAUAGACUUCAAAGUGGAUGUUGUAUAUUUACGGUAUUCUGUAAAUAAUAUAUAUGUAUAUUAUAAAUAUAUUUGACUUAAUAGUUUCGAUAUCAGAACAUGUUGUUUUUGGUAAGAAGUGCUGAAAAUCCGAAACGCUGGUCUCGUUCUGUCCCAUCCGUCUUUUGUGUCCACUGACGUGCUGUCAUCAGAAGUUUCAGAAAUCUUUUUCUUUUGUACAUAUUGUAUUUUUCCAUGAAAUUGCUUUGACGCGCAAUGUCUUUCUUUUUCCUUGCAUUGAGAUUAAAAACACCAUAACUGAUCCAGAUUGGCCUGAUUGGAAAUGAAGCAUGAGCAGACAAAGUUCCUCUUUUCUUCCAGUAAUACCCAGGACAAGAUGUUCAGUUCCUUGUGCUAGUUCUCAGGAGGGCAUUUACAUUUACUGCCUUUCGUAACGCCAAAAAUAACUACAGAAAAAUGACAAUAUAGGAAAAACUUUUGGAAUGUGUGCAGUAGCACUUCACUAGAGUAAUGGUCAUUCACCUAGUAGACUUUAAAAGUGUUUAUUUCAUCAUCAUCAUGAGCUCCAUACCACUUUGAGGCAAUCAAAGGCAAUUAAAAUCAACAGCAGUUCUUUAAAAUCAAGAGCCUGUCCCCCUCACCACAAAUGAGAA